AAUCAAUUAAUUUCUUUUUUUUCAAGUUUAUUUCUUAAAUGGCGUGACAGUAAUUUUUUUUCGUGAAUCGUAAAACAAAUGGAAGUAGACAGAAUUAUGUAUAUUUUUGGAAGCUUCACGCGUAAAAAGCAAGAUCGAAGGAAAUCAUUGGAACCGUCUUCGAUCAGUGCUGGUAACAGUCCUUUGCACCAGAAGUGUUCAAGACCGGCCAGUCAAAGCUUGUGCGUCGGGCUGCGGUCUUCGUAUAGUGAAGGUCGGAAGAGCAGGGUUAAAGAUUGGGAGUGUGGUCUGUGCAAAAGGGAGCUGGUGGAACCCAGGCUGCUGGGAUGCCUUCACAGCUUCUGUACCAGAUGUCUCCAGGGUCUACGGCGCGAAGAGGAGGAAGAUGUGUGGAAUGAAGUUGACGAUGGUUCCAUACAGUUGGAACCCGAGGAGUGCGGGUCAGGUUCGGGCGCUGGUUCCGCAGGCUCGGCGGGCUCGGGCUACGAGAGCGACGCUCGCAACUCCAACUCGGAGGGAAGUCUUGACGACAAGCCGCAGAAAUACGGCAUAUUCAUUAAAAAGGUGUCAGGUAGAAGUGUGCAGUUGUUGGUGUGUCCGACAUGCGGGCACGAGACACAGCUGCCUCCUGCCGGCGUGUCGGACCUGCCGCUCAACUACGUGCUACUGCGCAAGAUGAGUCUCGCCGACAGAGAGGAUGACGUCACGGUGCUGUGUGACAUGUGCGAUGCUGACAAUAAGGCGGAGAGUCGAUGCAGCCAGUGUCUGGUGAGCGUGUGCGCGGCGUGCGGCAAGGCACACGGCCGCACUAAGGCCACCUCCGGGCACUACCUUGAGCCCCUCAUGCCGCAGCCCACCUACUGCGCCCGUCACACAAACUCCGAGCUCACCAUUUACUGCGCCACCUGCCAGCAGGUGAUCUGCGGCGACUGCAGCGUGGUGUCGCACGCGGGGCACGCGCUGGCGAGCGCAGCGCGGGCGGCGGCGGAGCGCGCGCGUGCACUGCGCGACGCCUGCGAGCGCGCCAAGCUCGUGCCCGAGCACGUCGAGCGCGCGGCACGUGCCCUCAGCGCACACGCGCUAGACACAGAUAGCGAGGCGAGCCGCGUGGAGGCGGAGGUGCGCGCGUGGGCGGAGCAGUACCGGCGCGCGGCGGAGGCGCACGGUCGCGCGCUGGCCGCGGCCGCUGCUCGUGCACGUGCCCGCCAGCGACAGCGCGUCGAGCGCGCACAUCAAGACCUGCAGCAGCGCGCGCAACACGCACAACAUGCCGUACGCUUCACUGAAGAGCUGCUGUCGGGAGGGCGGGCGGAGGAGGUGCUGUCGCUGAGCGGUCCCGCACUGCGCCGGCUGCAGCGGCUGACGGAGCUGCCGGCCGAGGCGCCGCCGCGUCUCGUGCUGCGCCUGGACCCCGCCGCGCGGCUCGGCCCCGACUCCGUGCUGUGCGGCCGGCUGCUGACGCAGGCGCCGGACCCUGACACCAGUAUACUGCAUACUGAAGGUCUACAAGACCUGCACGUGGACUGCGAGCACGAGGCCAUCGUGGAGCUGCGCGACAGCAACGGGGAGAGGAUUUGGUGCGGAGGGGAACAGGUGGUGGGCUACCUGCGGCGGCGGGACUCCAGCGAGCGGCCGACAUGUGCGCGCGCAGCAGACCGGCACGACGGCUCGUACGCACUGCGCCUCGCACCGCGCGCACCCGGCGCGUACCUCCUCGCUGUCACACUCAAUGACACGCCCAUCAAAGGCAGUCCGUUCGCGUGCUGCGCGCGAGUGUUCAAGUCGCACGCUGGUCAGUUCCACUGCUGCACCUUCUGCUCGAGCGGUGGGCGGCGCGACGUGCGCUGCGGCUGCGGCGCCACCAUGCCCGGCGGAUACAAAGGAUGCGGACACGGGCACGCGGGGUGGCCGGGCGCGCGGCACUGGUCGUGCUGCGGCAGCACGCUCGCGCACGGGCCCUGCGCCAAGCACCCGCACAAACAUCGCCUCUACCAGUUCUCUCUGUGAAGUUCUCCUCCAUUCACAUGCAUACAUC